CGUCGCGUCGCGUCCCGUCCCCCCCUCUCUCCCCUCGCCGUCGUCGAGCCGACGACGAUGACGCACAGCAGCAGCCACCACCACCACCACCACCACCACCACGCGCUCUGCUGCCUCUCCUCCGCACCGCCGCAUCCCGAAGCGUCGCCCACGCCGGCACCGGAGCCCGCCGCGGCCACCGCUACGCAGGUGCCGGGGUCGGUAGCGGUGGCCGGCGUGCUGCACAAGUGGACCAACUACGGCCGCGGGUGGCGGGAGCGCUGGUUCUCGCUCCGCGACGGGGUGCUCUCCUACUCCAAGAUUCGGGCCGACGCGGGGGGCGGGGAGGCGGCGGGACGGAUCGCUGACGACGGGGAGGUCAGGCUGAUCGGCGGCGCGUCCGCGAGGAUCGACGGGGGGCGCCGCCCGGAGAAGCCCGUCGGAGUCGUCUGCCUCAAGGUGUCCGCAUUUCGUGAGAGCAAGUCCGACGACAGGAGAUUCUACAUAUUUUCUCCCACAAAGACACUUCAUUUGAAGACAGAUUCGAAAGAUGCCCGUGUCGCUUGGAUCGAGGCCUUGAUCUUGGCGAGGAGUGUUUAUUCGCUCAGGUCACUCAGUGGAAGAAUAACUUUUGUGCAGAGUGAUGUUUCAGUUUCCACUGCAAGGCUUCGAAAUCGGAUGCACCAGGAUGGUUUAAACGAGAGUCUUAUACAGGACUGCGAACAGAUUAUGCUUUCGGAGUUUUCAAGCUACAGAAAGCAACUGAAGCUACGCUAUGACGAUCAUCUAAGCUUGUUCGGAUCUAGCAGACACCAUUUCGAGGAAGGUAAAGAUGGAAAUAUAAUACAGGGGGCGUUGACAAAAAAUGAAUUUUCUAGUUCCCGGCAUGGAAAUUUCAGUGAAUAUAGCACAACAGAAUCUGAUGAAUUUGAGAAGCAAGAUGGUGGUGAAUUGACUUGUGAAGAGGACUCUACAUUCUUUGAUGCUGCAGACUACUUCAUAGAAUCAAACAGCAGAUCUUCAACAAUGUCAGAUUCCACAGAUUGUGGUGUACACAGUGCUACUAACAUAGAUAAUCCAGGUGGCCAAGAAGUUGUGGAUAUCCAAAUUCAAGAUUCUAACAACAUGCUACCUGAAAUCAAACGACGGAGUAAACUACCAGAACCUACUGAGAAAGAGAAAGGAAUCAGCCUUUGGUCCAUUAUUAAAGAUAGUGUUGGCAAGGAUUUGACACGAGUAUGCCUUCCAGUUUACUUCAACGAGCCACUUUCAUCCCUCCAAAAGUGCUUUGAAGAUUUCGAAUAUUCCUACCUUCUGGAUCAAGCCUAUGAAUAUGGAAAAGUGGGGAAUAGCCUCAUGAGAAUCCUGAAAGUAGCUGCUUUUGCGAUCUCUGGCUAUGCUUCAUCUGUCGCGAGACCUUGCAAACCAUUCAAUCCAUUGUUAGGAGAGACUUAUGAAGCUGAUUUUCCUGAUAGAAGGAUCCGCUUUUUUGCCGAGAAGGUUAGUCAUCAUCCAAUGCUGAUUGCCUGCCACUCUGAAGGCAAGGGCUGGAAAUUCUGGGGCGACAGCAAUGUAAAAUCCAAGUUCUGGGGGCAGUCAAUUCAAGUUGAUCCUGUUGGCGUUUUGACAGUGGAAUUUGAUGACGGUGAAAUCUUCAAGUGGAGUAAGGUGACAACAACUAUUAAUAACCUCAUUCUUGGGAAGCUGUACUGCAACCAUCAUGGAAUUAUGCACAUAAAGGGGAAUCGGCAGUAUUCAUGUAAACUCAAGUUCAAAGAGCCAUCGCUGCUUGACCGCAAUCCUCACCUAGUACAAGGCUUCGUGGAGGACAAUGAUGGAAAGAAGGCUUCAUUUUUAAUAGGAAAAUGGGACGAAAGUAUGUACUAUACAAAUUUAGAUACUUCCAAGGUCAAGAGCGCCGAUCAAUUGCAAGGUGCCUCCCUACUUUGGGAAAAGAACAAGCCUUCUCCCAACCCAACUCGUUACAAUCUAUCUUCUUUUGCGAUCACAUUGAAUGAGCUGACCCCAGAGCUUCAGGAGAAACUCCCCCCUACUGAUUCACGGCUAAGACCAGACCAGCGGCAUUUAGAGAACGGUGAGUAUGAGAAGGCAAAUACAGAGAAGUUGAGGUUGGAACGGCGGCAAAGAAUGUCGACUAAACUUCAAGACAAUGGUUGGAAGCCUCGAUGGUUCGAGCAGGACGCAGAGGACGGGGCAUAUCAUUACAAAGGUGGGUACUGGGAAGCAAGGGACGAAGGACGCUGGGACGGAUGCCUCAAUAUAUUCGGGGAGUUCUCAGAAACGUGAACGAUAGGCAUUGCAGCAACACUUGGUUCAUCCACCCCAACUGCAAUGCGACGAUCGACGUCGGAGCAGCAUUGCGCCCCAAGGCAUCAUCGGGUUGAGGAAGAAGAGGAGAGAGGAAUGCAAUGCAGUGGCCAGUGGAUAUAGAGGCAUUGAAGAAGAAUGCCUUGCCGUCUUGAAUGGUAGAUAGAUAUGGAUGGCGAUGGUCUCCGGCCCUUUAUUAGUACCUAAAUAAUAAUUCAGCCAUUCUUUCGUUCGUUUGUGUUGUAUGCUUGUUGUUCAGUAGUCUUUUCCUUGUGGGAUUGGCUGGUGAAGCAACUCUUAUCUGGAUGUUUCGUAGAUCGUAGUCAUUUGUAGAAAGAAAAUAGAGGAUGAGUUUACAAAAAAUUACCAUAGAGUGGACAGAUAAUGGCAUAAGCUCGGCAAAGAAAAUCCCAUUCGUUGCUU